GAACAGCAGAACCAACCGCAGCAGCCUUCAUGGAAACCUCUUUUCUCACAUGCUGCUUUAUGUUGUUUCUGGAGUCCAUCUUCGGAGACCCACAGGAGGUGAAAGUGGCGUCAGGACAGGACGUCACUCUUCGCUGUCAGGCUCCCAGCGGAGCCUGCAUCUCACAGUUAGUGUGGAGCAGAUCGGACCUGAAGGACGACUACUUCGUCUACUUCCUCAGAGACGGUCUCCACAUGAACUACCAGCGUUCCUCUUACGUGGGUCGAGUGGAGCUGAGAGAUCCACAGAUGAAGGACGGAGACGCUUCUAUUGUUCUGAAGAACGUCAUCGUCAGCGACUCUGGAACAUACGAGUGUCGGGUUGGAGAGAAAAACACACCUGAUCUCAUCGGCAUCAUCAGGCUGACGGUUUCAGGCUCAGCUCGAAACAUCCCGACUGUACUGGCAAUAGGUUUUUCACUCUUCUCUCUGAUUGUUUAGUUUUGUUAUGAUUUUCAAGAAAUGUCCAAAAAACCAACAACAGCUCACAAAACAAAAAGGAGGAGGAGGAGAUCCAGCAUCGGAGAACCCUCUGACAAUGAAGCCAGGACUACAAACACUUCUAACUCAGAGGGAAACAUCAGAGUGAGGCUUCCCUGUUGUAACACAAUGGGAGAAGAUUGUCAUUGUGCCGCUGCAUGCAGAAUGCUGCAGAAACAUCCUACACAUUUAAUG